GAUAAAACCGCUAUGUAGCCAAACUGCAUAGGUGAAAACGAGCAACAUCGUAGCGAUGAUUAUUAUUACUGUUAUAAUGAUUUGAAACGUCAGGGCGGUAUAGUAUAAACCCGAUGUGAAGAUGAAAGUGAGAUAUGUAAGUGAGAUAUGUUUAUUUGUUGUAAGAGCAGAAAUGGAGAAGCAGUUGAGUCUGUUAUGAGGUCACAUUAAACUCCUUAAUUCUCGCGUGGAAAGAGAUACAAACGGCCAAAACAUACACCGGACGCUCCAUAUAUGGAGCUUUCAAAGCGGGUACUCACUGUGUCAAAGUGUGCGAGAUCAUAGCCGUUCAGGAAAAGGAAGACGAUGCUCCCGCAAAAGACACUGGAAAAUGGCAGAAGGUUCCUCAAAGUCCAAUGGACUCCUAUCAGCAUGCUUUCACAGUGUUCUAUGUGGAGAGGACGAGGCGGCACUGCUGGCGGUGCAGAGACGUGACUUUCCACUGCUCUGAAUGGUCCGUGUGUCUUCUCUGGGUCCAAACUAUUAGGGAACAACUCUCAUUGUUGACCAAUCAACCGAAGAGCUUGCUGGUGUACAUCAACCCCUAUGGAGGAAAACAGUUCGGGAAGCAGAUUUAUGACCACAAAGUGGCCCCCGUCUUUUCCCGGGCUUCCAUUUCCACCAACGUGAUUGUUACAGAGCGUGUGAAUCAUGCCAGGGACCACUUGAAGAUGGAGGCCAAUCUGAAGAAGUAUGACGGUGUGGUGUGUGUUGGAGGAGACGGCAUGUUCAGCGAGAUCAUGCAUGGCGUCGUCUCCCGUACGCAGCGGGACACAGGUGUGGAUGAGAACUCCUCAGAAGAGACCCUUGUUCCGUGUGGACUUCGCAUCGGCAUUAUUCUUGCAGGUUCCACUGACUGUGUCUGCUACGCCACAGUGGGCUCCAAUGACCCUGUGACCUCUGCACUGCACAUAGUUGUGGGUGAUUCUCAGCCGAUGGAUGUUUGCUCAGUGCACAGUGACGACAACUUCCUGCGUUACUCCGUGUCUCUGCUAGGUUACGGCUUCUACGGAGACAUGCUGACAGACAGCGAGAGGAAGCGCUGGAUGGGCCCAGCCCGCUACGAUAUCUCAGGUGUUAAAACAUUUCUGUCACAUCGCUACUAUGAGGGAACCGUGUCUUUCUUACUUGCUGAAGAGAACUUGGGAACUCCUCGAGACAAAAUCCAAUGCCGAUCUGGGUGUACUAUCUGUCAACAGUCUUCGUCUGAUAAGCUGGUCAGCAAAGAUGAAGACAGUGUUUCUGAUGCUGAACGUCAGGACGUGUUGACAGUUAUCAGGAGAAAGUUCUUGGCUAUUAACGCUGCCACCAUGAGUUGUGCGUGUCCUCGCAGUCCUAAAGGCCUGUCGCCAUCAGCGCACCUAGCAGAUGGAACCACUGACCUCAUCCUCGUCAGGAAGUGCUCUCGCCUCGACUUCCUGCAUCACCUGCUGUGCCACACCAAUAAAAAUGAUCAGUUUGAUCACUCUUUUGUGGAGGUGUAUCGGGACAGACAGUUCCGCUUCACACCCAGAUAUCAGGAGUGUGAUUCAGAGGUGGACUUGAGAGAGAGCGGAGCGGGAGGCAAGCACUUCCUCAGUCAAAUCUGCAGGGAACAUAGAGCCUGCGGCUGCAUGCCGGCCCAGAGCAACUGGAACUGUGAUGGAGAGAUCCUUCCACACACUGCUAUUCAAGUCAGGGUCCAAUGCCAGUUGAUCACACUGUUCGCGAGAGGAAUCGAAGAGCAGUCGGUGUUUGAAGACCCGUACGUGCUCUGUGCAAUAUAGAUCUUCAUGAAUUCACUCGAGAAACCUCCCGUUUGAUCAUGAAGGAUUUACAAUCUUUGAAUGGAAGAGUUGCUUUUGGCUCAGCACAAUGUCACUCUUAUACCCAGAUACUCCUCAUGAAGACGUCUUUAGUUGAGGAAACGUGCAGAGCUGGAGGGAUUUGCAUCUUCAUAGAAUCUCCACACAGACUGAAAAACCAUAUUUGAUCCAGAUAAGAUAGGGUUAGCUGUUCAGCUAGACGUAAGUGUUGCUAUUUUUUGUCAUUUCACCCCUCACAGUCCUCAACAUUGCUGGUGAAAUCUCUUGCUGUGUGUGGCAGUUUUUAGGCUUUGAUUAGUCUGCAUUUGUCUUCCACAGUCAAGCUGGUCUUGAGAGUAGCGUUAUUUCAGUCCCAGAGUUUAAGCUCUGUAACCAUGAAAACCGUUUUAGUUAUAAAAACAUUCCUCUAAGUAGCACCUUUGUUCUUUCAAGAAUUGAAGCACUUGAUAGGCGAUAAACUUACCAGUAUACCAAAUACACUGUUUGUGUUUAACUUUUGUUGGUAUUAAAGGGUUAGUUCACUCAAAAAUAUAAUUUGGAAGAACAUAAGGGUGAGCAUUUUUUGGUUCCUUUAAAAGUUAUCAUGUGUAGCAUUCCUCUGUAGCCUACAUCAAAUGAAUUUUUCCCAUGAAUAGUAACAAUCUGAUCACUUUAUGGACAACACUUAUUCACUGUUACUGAUAUGGUGGGUGCGACCUUUUACUAUGAAUUUAGUUCCAAAAAAAGAUGUUUGAGUAAUCAUAAUAUGUCUUUUACAGUCUUAACACGGUCACUUUUCAUAACAUUUCACACAUCUGAAUGUAUCGUUAGUGAGCCAAACUACAAGCACUGAGAGCUUCACUAUAUCACUGCAUGGACAGUGUGUCUUUAUGGCUGUUUUCAGCAUUCAGUCCAAAUGUAAAUGAAAAUGCUGUAGCACUCUUGUCUAUGCUGUCUUCCUGGGUCAUGGCCCCCCAAGAUUUCCCCAACUCUUUAUAAUGAAUUUUGUAUUUGUAUUUGUUGCUCCUAUGCUAUUGUCUUAUUUCUUCUUCAGUUUCAUAUUGUUCUUGCAGUAUCAAAGGACAAAUGAGUCUAUGAUAGACAGAGAAAGGCAAAGAGAAAUUGCUUUUCAGUGGUGUGCAUAUCAGCUGCUUUAGUAUGCAUUUUUUAAAAUGUUUCUCUGAGCUGUAGCAGUGAUGCAACUGUGUAGGCGAACAACUAUAGUCACUGUGCAAGCAAAAUACUGUUCACAUCCUUUAUAGACUGGAAGAAAGGGUUAUGUCACCAUGCAUGAAUCUCAUGAAGAAAUGUCCGGGUCAUCUUUCAUUUAAUGGAUUAAGAGAAAGCAGGUUCACACCUAGGUUUCUCCUGGAAAAAGCUGCUUAUGUGGCUAUGAAACCAAAUAAACAGCAUUCUAACAGGUUGAAGAGUGUGCAUGUGUGUGGAACAGACCAUAUAACAAACUGUCAUGAUCUUGCCAUUUUGGUCUGGUUUUAAUUUGUGAUGUGGCAGGAUUGUGACAGUUUCCUCCACCUCUCUCUCAGAUUGUCCAUGUUCUUUUGUUUUCCUCCUUCCCUCAUGUUUCCCAUGGGUGCUGCUCAGCAGCGCAAUCAGCGUUGUCAUGGCAGCACUAAUAUGCGCUGCUUGUGAUUAUUGGCAGCACUUGUGUUCAGUGUUCCCUUCCUCUUUAUAUUCUCUCCUUUGUUUUAUCUUCCCUGUCAGAUCUUUGUGUUACUGUAUGUUCAGUCUCCAGUAUCGGUCGUGUUGUUUGUAUCAUAUUAUCCAGUCGGUUCUGUAAGGCUGGCACCAGUAUGUCUAUACCCAAAAGGCUCUGUGAGAGCCAACAUCAUAAAACUCUCACACAAAAGAGCAUCUCCACCUGAGACAACACACCCUACUGAUUAAGGACCAUAAAACGCAAAUCUCACUCACAUCUGUCCCCUCUCUCACCUCAGGUCACUUUAGGGUCACCAAAAACUAAGUUAUGACUUAUCCUGUUCUGUAAUGUAAAAGGCUUUCUGAUCAUACAUGUUUGGUAUCAUUCAAGAGGUCUCAGUGCAACUGGUAAAACGGUCUCAUUCCCUUUCAGCAAAGUCAAAUCACAAGUAAGAUUUAAGAACUUAGUAAAAUACUGUAUUCUAUCAGGAGCAUGACCCUCCCAGGUCUCUCACAGGAACCACCAGAUUAGGUGCAUUCUUUGUAAACAUCAAACGACCUACUCAAUCACAAGUUUCAAAGGUCUACUUACAAACCCCUAAACUGUAAACCAAAUUCUGAAUAACAUCAAACAAACAUCUGAAAUAACAAUAUAAUCGUUUGGUAUUUAUGCGCUGAGUCACGCUGCUUGUGUUCAAUUUUCCCUUCCUCUUUAUAUUCUCUCUUUUGUCUUGUCUUCCCCGUCAGAUCGUUGUGUUAUGUUCAGCCUCCAGUUCCGGUCAUGUUGUUUGUAUCCUGUCCUGUUAUCCAGUCAGUUUGUUCUCAGUUCCUUUUGUCUUGUUGUUUGUUUUUUCUCCCUAGUGAGAGUUUUUGUUUCCAGUUUGGUUUAGUUUUCCUAGUCGGUUUGUUUUCAGUUCUAUUUUUGUCUUAUCUUUUAUUUCUCCCUCAUGAGAGAUUUGUUUGUAUU